AUGUAUGUCUGUGACCUGCUGGCUGCAAUGAGUUUGAUUAAGUCUCCACAGGUCUCAAGUCAAUAUCGCGUGGGCACUCUUCUAUUGAUUGACCCUGCUAGCCCGUGCAAUGGGGAGCACAAAACUAAGGACAUCGCACUGAGUUCAGCCUCACGUCCACAGUGGUUGCAGCCCUCCAUCAAGGGAGGGAGAAUUGUCAAGAAGCAUAAGUAUGAAAGUCCAAUUAAGCCUGCUACCUCGAAGCCAAGUGCAGAGAAGCUUGAGCAUGUCAGCCCUAGGAACCUUGCAGCCGGGAAUCUCAUUUCGGUCUACGAUGUCUUAGCAGUCCCACCCGAGAAAAGCUCAAUCAUGCAUUGA